UAUUAAACUUAAACGAUACUCUUUCUUUAGGAUUUCCUUGUGAAACAUUAAGCCGUAUUAUAAAUUCGUUAAAAUCACCUUCAAUGGUUUGCGAAGGAACACAUUUCGAUGGACAAAUUCCACAUACUUUUGUCAUAUUUGGCGCUUCUGGUGACUUGGCAAAAAAGAAAAUUUAUCCUACACUUUGGUGGCUUUUUCGUGAUAAUCUCUUGCCAAAACCCACAAAGUUUUGCGGUUAUGCUCGUUCGAAAUUAUCCAUUAAAGAGUUAAAGGAGAAAUGCCACCAUCAUAUGAAGGUGCAACCGGAUGAAGAAGUGAAAUACAAAGAAUUUUGGGAACUAAAUAAUUACGUCUCGGGCAGCUAUGAUGGUCUAAGGGGUUUUGAGUUACUUAAUAACCAAAUGGAAAUAAUGGAAAAUAAAUGUAAAGCCAAUCGUAUAUUUUAUUUAGCGUUGCCGCCUUCGGUAUUUCAAGAAGUAACUGUAAAUCUAAAGCAGAUUUGCAUGUCUAAGAAAGGAUGGAAUCGUGUCAUAAUUGAAAAACCAUUUGGUCGUGAUGAUGCGUCAUCAAGCCAAUUAAGUGAUCAUUUGGCAUCAUUGUUCUCUGAAUCUCAAAUAUAUCGUAUUGAUCACUACCUUGGCAAGGAGAUGGUACAGAAUUUGAUGACUAUACGUUUUGGUAACAAAAUUCUUAGCUCAACAUGGAAUCGGGAAAAUAUUGCUUCAGUUUUCAUUACAUUUAAAGAACCCUUUGGUACUCAAGGUCGUGGUGGAUAUUUUGAUGAAUUCGGCAUUAUACGCGAUGUUAUGCAAAAUCACCUACUACAAAUUCUAUCAUUAGUUGCUAUGGAAAAACCUGUGUCGUGCCACCCUAAUGAUAUACGUGAUGAAAAAGUGAAAGUACUCAAGAGCAUAGAAGCUCUGACUUUAAAUGAUAUUGUUCUUGGACAGUACAUUGGAAAUCCAAAUGGUGAAGGUGAUGUAAAGUCUGGUUAUUUGGACGACAUCACUGUAUCAAAUGAUUCUACAACACCUACAUAUGCGUUAAGUGUUUUACAUAUAAACAAUGAACGGUGGGAAGGAGUUCCGUUUAUAUUAAGAUGUGGAAAAGCUCUAAAUGAAAGAAAAACUGAGGUACGGAUUCAAUACCACGACGUUCCAGGUGAUAUAUUUGAGGGUAACAGUAAGCGCAAUGAACUUGUUAUUCGUGUACAACCAGGCGAAGCUUUAUAUUUAAAAAUGAUGACGAAAAGUCCUGGUAUAACGUUUGAUAUAGAGGAAACUGAAAUGGAUUUAACAUACGAGCAGCGUUAUAAAGAUUCAUAUUUACCUGAUGCAUAUGAACGUUUAAUACUGGACGUGUUUUGCGGUUCCCAAAUGCACUUUGUUCGAUCAGAUGAAUUACACGAGGCUUGGCGUAUAUUUACACCUAUAUUGCAUGAAAUUGAAAAACAAAGGAUUAAGCCUAUUCCUUAUUUAUAUGGUUCGAGAGGCCCAAAGGAAGCCGACAGAAAAUGUGAAGAAAAUAAUUUUAAAUAUUACGGUUCAUAUAAGUGGCAUGGAAAACACUGAUAUUUAAGCAUGAGCAAUGAAAUAUAUAACAUUUUUGAAUAUUGGUUGAACGAA